CUCCACUAGUACUCAGACAUGUUUGCGCAUUACAGAUUGGCGCCACAAACUCCUCGCAAUGUGGUGGAUGCAAUAGCCUCCCCUCCAAACAUGCCAAGGCUUUCCAAGUUAGACCAGACGAGCAUCACUACCACCGAGUCACCUGUUGUUAUGUAAUAGGGGAUCGACUGCCAGCAUGCCAUAAUUGUCGCUCUGAAUAUGAUGUUUGGUUCUACUCAGUUCAAAGAUCAAUCAACUUUGCAAUGUCUUGUUCUGAAAUAUGGUCCAAAACGAGUCCUUGUUAAACGACAAAAGUCGUACAAUCUCAUGCUUGACUCCGCCUGCAAACAUUUCCCGAGCAUUCCGAGAGAUGUAGUCAUGUUGCAGACCAAUCGACCCAAUGUUUGCGAUGGUCACUAUGCGGACAUCACGGCUGAAAUAUGGACCGAUAUCAUCGACUUACUUCACGUCGUUGAAGUGACUCGGCGUGUGGAGAUGGCAUUGCCCGCCCCGCUGCCGUUUUAUGAUCGGGCCAUUUCAAAGUUGCCUGACAAUAAAUCAGCACCAAGUGAGGUUUAUUACCAGGACAGCUCCAGGAACGACGACGAGAUUUGGGACAUUGUCCCAAUCCUGUCAGAGCGGGUAUCAGAAUCCGACGACCAAGUCACAGUCAAACUUGUUUCUCAAUCUGGCAAGAUUAGGACUACUAAAAUAUCGAGGGGAAUGCAGGUGGACAAGCUUGUUGCUCGUGCUUGUCAGAUAUUGGAUACUUCAGGUCCUGCCAGGGCAAUUUUUGGUGGGGUAACGAUGUGUGUGAACCGGACUAUCGGAUCAUACGACAUCGAGGAUGGUGACUCCAUCGAUAUUCAAGUUGAUCGUAUGCGUGUUAGAAAGCCAAUCAUUUAUCUAUACUCGCCCUCCGACAUCGAUGUUUCUGUUAAGCUCGCCCUCAUUCCUGAAUGGAGACUCUCUGUCAUCUAUCCCAUUGUUACCACAGAAGACCAUGGUCGGCGUUUGGAAUGGAAUGUCCGCACCCAUCAAGAUGGCAGUCUGACUGAACACAACUCUGGUUUGAAUGUCUCGUACUUGUUCUGGGAGGCGGAGACAAAUUCGCAAGAAUUUCUCCGGACACCAGCAUACAAACCGCAACCAGUGGAUACAUUCAAUCCAGUAUCCAACAGUCUCGAUGAUACGGAUUCAAUUGUCACUCCAGUGGACAGAGUAACAGUUUACCUCGAUAACUCACUCAAGGUUUUGGGACUUCACACCGAAGCUAGAACAUCAUUCAUAACCUACUGGCUACCAUCCUUCCUCAAGCACGAAUACGUUGCACUCCGAUUUAUUCCUCAAGCAGCAUUCGAACGCGCCGCUUCUUUACACAUUUCUCCGCAGCCCGACGUCGUGACUCGGGUAUUUAUGCUGUUCAAAGGUAUCCGUAAGGAGGACUUGACAAAUUGGACCAAUGCACGAAUUCAAGCAGAGAAAGACGUUGCUUGGUGGGUGGAUGUGGUUGGAGUUGAUCCUGCAAGAGCUGGUGAUGUGACUUUGUUCAGGGCGUUGGAAUGGGGCGGGAUGGAGGUUCUCAUUUGAUAUUCUAUCUGGUUAUGUACUCGAUUUGUGUAGGUGUUAUCGCG